GCCGCUUAUUGUGCUAUGAUUGAGUUCUCUUGUCAUCUUUGAUCUUCUUUGUUGUACGAUUCUAUCUCUUCCCAGCACCUAUUUUUGCCGUUCCUCCUCACCGGAGCUUUGAUUUCGCCGCGAUCUCCAUCUUUCUUCUUUGGCUGUGGAACUCAAUUUUUUUCUCAAUGGCGAGUAAAGAGGAGGGAGAAGAGCCACCUCCUCGUGGAAAUGAGUGGGAGGUUGUAUCCCUUACAUCAUCAGCAUAUGCUGCUUUGAAUAAUGAGCAUAAGACUUGGGAAGAGUACGAAGGUGAAACAUCUGAGGCGGUGUUUAUGUCUGGUCACUUUGUUUUUCCACCGAGUCAGCAUGAAAAUUUACCAUUGGAACCAGAGAGCAAUCAUGCGACCCAGACUGAGCGGGGUGUUAACAACAUGGAAUAUGUAAGUGAGGAUGUGAAAACUGAACAGUUUGCUUCAUCUGGUUUUCGUGGAAUUCCGAUUUUUGAUGAGAAUGGGAAUAUCUUACCUAUUGGUGAUGCAGAAUUUGAAAAAGAUACUGCACAAGAGGGAGAUUUUGAAUCAGCUUUAUAUAGUACUGAAAUGCCUAGCUUCUCACGUAGUGAUGAAAACUCAAAUAUGUUUGAGGAAAGUAGAGAAAUAAAUUUUCGAUCUGAACCUUCUCAGCAAGAAUCAAAUGCCAGCAGUUUGAAUUCUUCAAAGUCUACAAAAGAGAAUGAGCAUGACGACGGACUUCCUUGUCAAGCAUGGUGGAAAAGACAAACUGCUUCUCUUGUUGCACAUGCCAAAGAGGCAAAUACAUUUUGGUCAAUCUUUGUUGCAGCAGCUGUAAUGGGACUUGUGAUAAUUGGUCAGCAGUGGCAGCAAGAGAGGUGGCAGAUCUUGCAACUGAAGCUGCAGCAUGGACUCUGUCAUGAGAAGAUUGGGAGGAUGUUUGUUCCCCUGUCACGACUUAAGGACAUAAUUGUGCGCGGUCACAACCGGGGCACCUUCAUCAAAGAGAACAGCUCUUCUGCAGCACGGCAUUAAAGACGGGACCAAGGGCAAAGUUGGGCAGCACAGUAAAUGUUACAUGUGGCGGGUUUGUGAAAUGUCUUUACUUUCCAACGAGUUGUGUAAAGUACUUGCCUUGAUAUUAAGUUGCAAUCAUAUUUGGUCCUUUAGGAGAUGGAUUGCUAUUGAUUGUAAAAUGCACACAUUACAGGGGACACGAUAUCUCAGAAAACUCUGUAUUAUUCUGACUGCUUGAUGAGCUUUGUUUUCAAAUUAAAUUUA